AUGUCUGGCGAUGACCACGGGUUGUGGCUCAAACUGGCCAUGAUUAUGUUUUUGACAUGGUCGGUCCUCUUCUACGGCGUGCGCCUGUGGGCGAAACUCCGGGUCAAGACGACCGGAGCAGACGACGUGGCAGUUACCUGCGCUCUGGUUUCGUCUUUUGCCUGUCAGGGCAUCAUGUACACGGCAAUCAACGAGGGCUACGGCAAGCGAAGCGAAAGUCUAUCAGCACCCACGCUCGACAGCAUUCGCAAGCACAUUUACGCCGGGCAGUUCUUCUACGUACUAUCUGUUGGUCUGACAAGAGUCGCGUCAGCCUUUGUCAUUAAGCAAAUCUCGCAGCAUGGGCCUCAUGUCCGACCCGCAAGGGGAAUGGCCUCGCUGUCCGGCGCAUGGACGCUCGUGUGCCUGCUUGCCGUUGCCAUCCGAUCACCGUAUCGCAGUCCGUGGCUGGCACUGGACGGCCAGCGGGGCAUGUUUUCGCGAUGGAUGGCUGUCGAGGCCAGCGGGUUGGCGAUUGAGGUGGUGCUCUGGGUACUGACGAUCCAUCUCGUCUGGUCGCUGCAAAUGCAGCUGAGCCGGCGCGUCAUCAUUGUCGCCGUGUUUGGCUUCCGUCUAUUGCUUCUUCCCAUCAUCGCCAUGCGCCUCGUCUACCUUGCGCCGAGCAAAAACGACGACGAUGACCUCAACCACUCCACCAUCCCGGCCGCCAUCCUCACCGCCGGCGCCCUGCAAUUCUCCAUCAUGGCCACGUCCCUCACCGCGCUCAAGCCGUUCCUCACCGUCUUCCGCCAGCCCAUGCUGGCCUACGGCAGCCAAAGCAACGCCAGCAGGGUCGGCGGCGGCGGCGGCAUCAUCGGACGCAGCGCCGCCGCCUCCGCCUCGUGCGAGACAGGCUACAAGCUCGAAAUGUUUCGUCGCGUCGACCGCCAGCCCGGAGAAGCGGCCGAUGGCUCGGGCCCGUGGCUGUCGGCGAAACGCUCCAGUAUGGCGGUGGCCGAUGCGAGCCGCCCGUACUACGGAUCGGCGAACCGGCCCCCGCGACGGGCGGUGGAUGAUGCAGCGUCGGCAAGGACAGAUGCGUCGGCAAGAACAGAUGCGUCAACAAGGACAGAUGCGUCGGAUCGGAUGUUUAUUCAAAAGACGACCAAGGUUGUCGUCGAGUACGAGGCGGAGGGGCCAAACUGGCAAAGGUGA